CAUCAGUGGCUGGUGAAAAAUGGCGUCUGGUUGCCUGGUGCUGGGUCUAUUUUAGCUAACUGAUUAGCAAGCUAGCUAUAUUUAAAAGCUUUGACUAUAUUACUGUGAAUAGCAGUAGCUACAUUUUCAGUACAAUACUAUCUUCAUUGCAAUAUAUUUCAAUAUGUCGGACUCAGAAGAGGACAGUCAAGAUAAGCAACUUAAAAUUGUAGUCAUCGGAGACGGCGCAUCGGGGAAGACGUCACUCGCCACCAGGUUUGCGCAAGAGGCCUUUGGGAAACAGUACAAACAGACCAUUGGCCUGGAUUUCUUUCUGAAGAGAAUAACUCUACCAGGCAACUUGAAUGUUACCCUGCAAGUGUGGGAUAUUGGAGGUCAAACGAUUGGAGGGAAAAUGCUGGAUAAAUAUGUCUAUGGUGCUCAGGGUGUUCUUCUAGUGUACGACAUUACAAACUACCAGAGCUUUAAGAAUCUGGAGGACUGGUAUGGCAUGGUCAAGAAGGCCAAUGAAGAGUCUGACGUCCAGCCUGUGGUCUCCCUGGUGGGAAACAAAAUCGACCUUGAGCAUAUGAGGACAGUGAAGGCUGACAAACACCAGCGCUUCUGCCAAGAGAACAGCCUCAUCAGUCAGUUCGUAUCUGCCAAGUCUGGAGACUCGGUGUUCCUGGCAUUUCAGAGAGUGGCUGCAGAGAUUCUGGGGGUGAAGCUCAAUAAAGCGGAGAUGGAGCAGUCCCAGAGGAUCGUGAAAGCUGAGCUGGUGGACUACCCUCAGGACGAAGCCCCCAUUAGACAAGAUACCAAUCAGAGCAAAAUCUGUUCUGUUCAGUAGUUGGAACGUGUGGUGAAGGCAGAUAUCGUGAACUACAGUCAAGAGCCUGUGGCGAGGACAGUCAACCCCCCGCGCAGCUCGAUUUGUGUGGUGCAGUGACCCCCUCUCCCCCCACCUUCCCUCUUGCCCCUCCACAAACUGAAUACAGCAGUGAGGGCCUCUGACCAGCAGGCUGCCCCAACACACUGGCCCAUAGCCAGAGCAGGAGAAUUGAGCUGGCCUGGUUCUUUCUGCUGUACACACACACACACCGAUUCCUCCCUUCUCUCUCUCAACGCACAAGUCUUCAGAAAGUCUGUAUAUCAGUAUUUCCUUUUUUUAAGGUUGUCAGGGUCAUCGGACCAAGUACUGCAUAUUUUAAGAUUUAUAUAUGAGAAUCUCUCUGUAUGUACAGUAUGUAUAUUUACAGCGACCCCACAGUAUAUUCCUGGUUUCAGUAUUUAAUAUAUUUUCAUGAAUUAUUUUUUGAGUGGUAACCAGCUUUGGCUACAGCAGACACCUGUUGAAAGUUAUGCUGAAAGGAAAUGGGACCUCCACUUUUUUAGCAGUUUAAACACAUUUGUCAAUAUUUCUUUUAUUUUUGAGAAACUGUUACUAUUUUGACAUCUUUUUUCUACUAUCUUCAUUGUCAAUUAUUCUUUAAAGGACCAUUUGAUUGUAUAUAGAUAUGAAAAGUUGGUUUCUAUAACAGAAAAAUAUACAUAAACCACUGUUUUCCAAAAUGUAGUUUUAAUGAUAGAAUGUGUUUUCCCUCUGCUGUUGUGUAUACAGAUGCCAUAUCUUAAUUUGAUCAUCCUGUUGUUGCAGGAACUUUCCUGCAAACUUGUAGUGUAUUCAACAUUUAAAAAGGCUUCUAAAGCUAGUAUUUUCCACUUUCAGACUUAAUUUGCCAUAACUGAAAAUAUCCAUUAAUUAUAAUCGCAUAACAAUUUACAAUUCCUGUUGCUGCAGGAUUAUUUUCCUGCUGUGUGAAACUGCCUCAAAUUAAGAUCCGAUAUCUGUAUGCUUAGAUAUCAGGAUUAGUUUUAUCGCUCUAAGUGGUACUGUCCACACCUCCCACUACACCCCCUCUCCCACAGCUCCCAGUGCUGAAACAGGAGUUUUGGGAUGAGCUUGGGUAGGUCGGUGGGGCAAGGAGCUAUUUGGGAGCAGAGAGUGGUGAAGAAAGAAGGGGCUGCUUCAUUGGUAUACAGAUGUACGAUUAAGCAAUCAGGCCAUAGGGGGUGUGGUAUAUGGCCAAUAUACCACAGCUAAGGUCUGUUCUUAUGCACAAUGCAACUCGGAGUGCCUGGCUACAGCCCUUAUCUUGGCCAUAUACCUCAAACCCAGAGGUGCCUUAUUGCUUUUAUAAACUGGUUACCAACGUAAUUAGAACAGUAAAAACAAAUGUUUUGUCAUACUUGUGGUAUAUAGUCUGAUACACCACAUCUUUCAGCCAAUCAGCUUUCAGAGCUCAAACCACCCGGUUUAUAUUGUCUGUUAUACAACGGGUGAGUCUAAUCCUGAAUGCUGAUUGGUUAAAACCGCAUUCCAGCCGGUGUCUAUUCCACAAGUUACCACCGGCUAAAUCUAUGACAUUAACAUGCCUAUAUACUCUGUUCCAUCUGAAUGCGCAAUCCACUUUCUCAUCAGCCUAGCCAAGCAAUUUAUAAACUUGAUCUCCACUAUAAAAAGCAUCUAGACAUCAUCUAAUUUCUUUUAGACUAACAUUUAAUUUUCAACAGCAGAGAUUUGUAUACUGUAAACCUUGCUAUCUGUCUCUCUGACAUUUGCAACAUUGUUUCAAUAUCACAUUCAAUCUCCAGCUGUCCCAUAAUAGUGAAUGUGUCGGGAUGAGACAGGCAGGCAGCGUUGCUUAGCCAGUCAAAGUCAUGAAUCAGCUGGCAUCCUUUUUAUGGAUAUGUACAAAUAAAUGGAUAUGUACAAAUAAAUGUAAAUUGAAAAAAGUUCAAACGAAACAAAGUGCAGCUAGUUUGCAGUCUUUCCAGCUUCAGUUCGAAGUGAUUGUGUUAGCUGUGUUGUUAAUUAGCUCCUCUGAACAACAGUGUCCUGACGAGUGAGCACAUUUUCUAUGCCAGGCGAAAUCGCACCUCAUUAGCUCAUUGUUAUUGAUGUAUCCAAAUAAAUGGCACUAGAAAACUGCUUGUGCAAUUGCAGCUACUUUACUGUUAUUCUGACUGUAAGUUAGUCAUAGUUGGCUAGCUAGCAAGCAAGGGAUAAGAACGUUGCCAGGCAGUUUGGCAAUGGAACAUUUAGAAACUAAUGACUGGGUCGCGCCAAUAGAUACAGAACAAAAACACUGAACGACUGGGUCGCGUCUCUGGCAACUGAACCAAUAGAACGAACAACCAGCCGGCUUGGGUAGCAACCCUGGAUUUGUGUCGGGACUAUAUCUUGUGGAAGAAUGAAAUAGUAUGAAUACAUUUAUGAAAAUAACAUUUUUUAUUAAAAUAUGUAAAUCGUUAUUUGAACAUGUUGGUAACCCGUUGUAUAGACGCGAUAAUGCCCUCAAAGCCGGUGUUUGGAGGAUAUAUAUCGGGCAUCAUCACUUAAAUAUACCACGGCUUUCAGCCAAUCAGCAUCCAGGAGCCGAACUACCCGGUUUAUAAUCUUAAUUUGAACACUGUUUUGUUGAUGUGAAUUUUUCUGCGCCGCAGGAAAUGCAGAUGAGAUUUGUGAUUUACAUAAAUUCACUGAAAACCCGCACCAACACACAGUUAUAUUAGCAGUGUUGCAUUUUUCAUGUAGCCUAAUUUUGCCCAACCACCGAUCAAGCAACAUUAUGGACUAAAUCCUGUUGCUGCAGGAUUAUUUUGCUACAACAAUACUGUUCAAAGUAAGAUCCAAUACCUGUAAAAACCAUGUGCUGAAUGUAAAAUGAACCGCUGGCUUCAUUUAGAGUGUGCUUAAGGAAUAUGUCACUAUAAAAUAUAUAUAGCUUCUGCAUUCUGAGUGCUCUACACAGUGCCCUUCUAAAAGGAAAGGUUUAGAUGUUUAGGCACUGUAGUCAAUGGAAUCUAGUUUUAUUUCACUUGCCAAUUAGCAGCUUGCUUGAACAACUGUGAUUUUCCCAUUACUUUCAAGACUUAAUAAUAACAUUAAUAACAGAUGUUAGUUAGAAAAAAGAAACUUUGAUUUAACCUGAUCAAUAAGGAAUUUCAGUUUUUCUAUUUUCCUGAUUUCUAUUUUUGUGUUGAUUUUUGUGUUUGAUUACAUCUUUAAUUGAAGCAUCAUUCAGUUUCAUGUGAUGCAUAUCAAGACCAUAUUUUGGGGGAAAACCUAUGUAGUCCUAGUUGAAAUAUAUUUGGCAUAGAACAAUUCUGUUGCUAUUUCUAACCUUGACAAUGGAUAAAAAUAUUAAAUUUAAAUAUGAACUGGAGCAGCUUAAAGGUAUGACAAUUCAUCUUAGCUGUAUGUUUAUAGCCUUAUUCAACUGUCUGUUGUAGAACAGAAAAGACUGCAAUGAAGAACUGCUUAGAAACAUGAAAUGUCUUCAUAGGAUCUUCAUCUUGUCCAAACAAGUUGAAUAAUAGCCAACUUACACUCUUAUAUAAAAAGGUUAUAUCUAUAAGCUAAAAGGUUUCUUUGUCUGUUCCCAUGGGAGAACCGUUUCAAUAAAUAUGUUGGGUUCCAUGUAGAACCCUUUCCACGGUUCCCCCAUGGGGACAGCCAAACCAUUUUUUGGAACCCUUUUUCUAAGAGUGUAUACAUACAUAAAUUAAAGGCAUGUGUUGUUUUGUACUCGUCCCUGCUUUGUCUUGUAGUUUGUAUUUGUCAAAAUGUUUUCUUCGACCGAUAUGUUGUACUUGUACACAGAGGAUGUCAACAUUGUAUUUGUAGUACAACAGAAAAUACAUCACAGGACAUGGUGACAUGGUUGGAUUUUACUCUGUAAACCAUGGUGUUCGCCUUGUGUAAAUUAUAUAUUUGUAAAUUAUCUGCAUUGUUUUGUGGAAGAUCUUAUUUAUAAAAUGCUGCUCACAUUUCAGUGAGAUGUCAAGAACUCCUCUCAUUGGAUGUAAUUGCCUCUGUCAUAAACACAAAAUCUAAAAGUUAAGUAUGAAAAAUAAUGGUAUAUCCUCUGUACACUUAGAAAAUGGUUGUUUUAAUGAACAUUCAAAAGUGGUACAGACAUUGUGUUUGUAUAUGAACAAUAAAACUGCUAUAAAGUGCAA